CCGAGAUGAACCCCAGUCAGAGGAUCCGAGAAGACCUUUAGUUUCAGAACGUAAAGAGUACCCAGACCAAAAUAGAGAUUUUCUCGCACUUUGAUCCGCAUGGUUUUACGGAGACAGAUGGGCUAAAAACGCCCGUGUAGCCUAGGAAGUCAGCCACGCCGAGAUGGUCUCAAACCCAGUCCCCAUAGCUAACGUCUUCCCGGACAGUAUCAUGUUCAACAAUAUCACCGCUGACGGCGUCAGUUUCGGCUGGACAAUCCGAAUCCUCGCAUUCAUGUUCCUGGGCAUCACCAGGUUAGUUUCCCUCCCCCACGCCCCUCGAAUCAUCUCUCAACCCCCAUUUCACCACAUUUCCAGCGUCAUCGCCCGUAUCCUCUGUGGUCUAAUCGCCGACAACUACGGCUUCUUCAACACUAUGAUCCUCAACGUCGGCAGCGUCAUCAUCUUCGAGCUGGCCCUCUGGCUCCUCAACACAAAAGCCACCACGAUUGCCUUCAACGCCCUCUUCGGAUGGGGCUCCGGAUCCUCCAUUUCGUUGCUUCCUGCCUGCAUCGCCCAGAUCUCCGAUAUCAAGGAGAUCGGCCUGCGCGUCGGCAUGACGUACUUCGUUUCGAGCUUUGCCUGUCUCACCGGGAAUCCUAUCAGCGGGGCGUUGAUCCGCAACGGGACGGACUAUCGCUGGAUGCAGGUGUUCUCGGCUGUGGUGGUGUUUGUGGGGUUUGGGUUCUUUGUGGCUUUGAGGGUGGCGUUGAGUCCCAAGGUUUGGGCGAUGGUUUAGAAGGGAUGGUUGGUGUGAGUAAA